AUAGGAAAUAAAUGGUCUUUGUACCAGGAGCAAUGAGGAGUAACACGACACAAACAUGGAAUUAAGAAUGCUUUGUUGGAUAAUGUGGCUUGGAUUUUUUCAUGCAACUCCUGGACAAGCGACCACAACUGUACCUGUAACAAUGAAUCCACUUACAUCAAAUGCAACCUUGGUGACAACUACAAUCAAUCUGACUUUCACGACAACAACGACUCCAAGUACUACAACGGAAUCAGUUUCUCCUAUUACAACAACAGAACCAUCAACAGAACCAUCAACAAAUCUGCCUUCCACAAUAAUGACCACCACAAGAUCAGUAACGUCCACUGUGGCCACAACUACAUCAACUACUGAAGUCUCAUCAAGAAUGAAUACAUCAGUAUCAUCAACAAGUCAUUCUUCAUCAACAGCUCCAGACGCAACUAUGUCUACAACUCCAGUCUCAUCAACAAGUCUAUCUUCAUCAACAGCUCCAGAUUUAAUCUCAUCCACAUCCUCUGCAACAACUACAUCAACUACAGCAGUCUCAUCAACAAAUGAGUCUUCAGCCACAACAUUCUAUCAAACCACACCCACAACCCACCCCCGAACAACUACAACAGCUCCUACAACAACAACCAUUUUAGUAUCAUUAACAACUCCAGCCACAACUACAUCAACUACUCCAGUCUCAUCAAGAAGUCAAUCCUCAUCAACAGCUCCAGACACAACUAUGUCAACUACUCCAGUCUCAUCAUCAAGCCAGCCUUCAUCAACAGCUCCCGCCACAACUUCAUCAACUACUCCAGUCUCAUCAUUAGUUGAGUCUUCAACAACUCCAUUUACAAUAACUACAACUUCAGCCACAACAUCCUCUCAAACCACACCUACAACCCACCUCCUACUACGUACAACAACUCCCACAACAAUAACAACUACCAUAGUCUCAUCAACAGCUCCAACCACAACUACAUCAACUACUCCAGUCUCAUCAAUAACGACUACACCAAUCUUAUCGACAAGUCAGUCUUCAUCAAUGGCUACAGACACAACUUCAUCAACUAUUCCUGUCACAUCAAGAAGUGAGUCUUUUUCAACAGUUCCAGCCAGAACUACACUAACUACUACACCAGUCUCAUCAACAAGUCAGUCUUCAUCAACUACUGAAAUAUCAUCAAUAACGACUACACCAGUCUCAUCAACAAGUCAGUCUCCAUCAACUACUGAAAUCUCAUCAAUAACGACUACACCAGUCUCAUCAACAAGUCAGUCUCCAUCCACAACUCCAGCCGCAACUACAUCAACAACUCCAGUCUCACCAACAAGCCAUUCCCCACCAACAUUCCCAGCCACAACUACAUCAACUACUCCUGUCUCAUCAUCUAUCUUCAACAACACAAGUUACAUUGACUACAACUUCAUCCACAUCCUCUCAAACCACACCCACAACCCACCCUCUAACAACUACAACAGCUCCCACAACAACAACUACUUUAGUUUCAUCAACAGCUUCAGCCACAACUAUAUUAACUACUCCAAUAUCAUCAAUAACAACUACUCCAGUCUCAUCAACAACCUCAACCUCUCAAACCACACCUACAACCUACCCCCUACCAACUACAAUUGCUCCUGCCACAACUACACCAACGACUACAGUCUCAUCAAUAACGACUACACCAGUCUCAUCAACAAGUCAGUCUUCACCCACAGCUCCCGCCACAACUUCAUCAAUUACUCAAAUAUCAUCAGUAACGACGACACCGGUGUCAUCAACAACCACAACAUCUUAUCAAACCACACCCACAACCCACCUCCUAACAACUACAACAGUUCCUACACCGUCAACUACUUUAGUCUCAUCAACAGUUCCAGCCACAACUACAUCAACUAUUCCAGUCUCAUCAAUAACGACUACACCAAUCUCAUCAACAAGUCAGUCUUCAUCAAUGCCUACAGACACAACUUCAUCAGCUAUUCCAUUCACAUCAACAAGUCAGUCUUCAUCAACAGCUCCAGGAACAACUAUGUCAACAACCCAAGUAUCAUCAAUAACAACUACACGAGUCUUAUCAACAACAUCUUUAUCUACAGCUGCAGACACAACUAUGUCAACCAUUCCAGUCUCAUCAAUAACAACUAUAUCAGUUUCAUCAACAACUCCUACCACAGCUACAUCACCUACUCCAGUCUCAUUAAUAAUGUCUACACCAGUCUCAACAACAAGUCAGUCUUCAUCAACAGCUACAGCCACGACUACAUCAGUUAUUCAAGUCUCAUCAAUAACGACGACACCAGUCCCAUCAACAAGUCAUUCUUCAUCAACAGCUCCAGAAACAACUAUGUCAACAACUCCAGUCUCAUCAAUUAUGACUACACCAUUCUCAGCAACAGUCCUAUUCCCCCUUGA